AUGUUUAUUACAACUGAUGAAGAUUGUUUAAUUAUUAUUAAAUCUUAUCAAGUUAUAAAAAAUAGUUUAUUAAAAUCGAUUCAAUUAAUUAAAAAUAAUAAUUCAAUAAAACUUUCUUACUAUGUUAUUUUAACUUUUCUUAUCAAUGAUAAUGAUAUUAAAAAUAAAAUAAAUCAUCCAAAAGAAAUUUGUAAUAUAUUUAUUCGAACUAUUCAACAAAUAAAUGAUUUCAAUAAUGAUGAUUUUACAUUUACAAAUGAUGGCGUACAUAUUAUUCAUUUAUUAAUAGCAUUAAAAGCAUAUUUACAGCAUGAUCAAGUGAAAGAUGAUUUUAUUGAAAGUGAUGGUUUAAAUUUGCUAUUAACAAUAGCUAAUUCAGUAUUAGCAUCUACAGAAAUAGAAUCACAAGUCAAUAAUAUGCUUGGAGAAAAAUUUAAAUCAAUAAUUGGAUUGAUACCUACGGAAGAAUGUGAUUUAAAUGUUCUACAAGAAAUAAAUCAUUUGCAAAUAAAUAUGCAGUAUAAUAUGAAUAUUUUAUUUAAAGAAAUGGGUUUAUUAGCACUGGAAUGUCUUUAUACUAUGUCAUUCAAUAGAAAAGCAAAAGAAAUAUUACAGAAAAAUGAAAAAUUUAUGAUACAAAUCCGCGAAUUAUCUAAUGAUGAAAAUUUGAAAAAAAUCAUUGAUGGUUUAUUAUGGAAAUUAGAAGAAAAAUAUGAAUUUCAAAUAGAAACAACUAAUCAAUAUGAUUCUAUGAUUAGUUAUCAUUGGAAUGAUAAUGUAUUAGUUUAUAAAAUUUAUAAAUAUUUAAUAGAAAAAUUUAAUUAUAAAAUAUGGUUGGACGAUCAAUCUAUAUCUAAUUCAAUUUUUCAAACUAUAGAAAAAUCGAAAUUUAUUCUUAUGUGUAUGUCUGAAACAUAUAAAACAAAUGAAAAUUGUAGAAGUAUAAUUGAAUAUGCGCAAUAUAGAAAAAAAAUAAUUAUUCCAUUAAUUAUAAAACAAGUUGAACUUGAUAGUUGGUUUGAAUCUAUAUGUACUGAAAACUUAUAUAUUGAUUUUGUUAAACAAAAUUUUGAAGAUGCUAUUCAAUUAUUAAUCAAAGAAAUUAAUAUGAAAACUAUUGAACAAAAAGAAAUAAAUUCAACUAUGAUCGAUCUUUCUCAACAAGAAAUAUCUUUAUCUAUUUUACCAACAACCACAACCGUUAAUCUUCAUCUUAAUGCAAUUCAAGAUGAUUAUAAAAGAAUUCCAAUAAAAUUAUGGUCUGAUAAACAUGUUGAACAAUUUCUUCAUGAUUAUAAAUUAGAUUUGAUGAUUUUAUUAACUGAAUAUAUGAAUGGUGAAGAUCUCAGUCAAUUAUUUGAUAAAUGUAAAAUACAACAAGAUUAUUGGACAGUAUUUGAUCGUUUUAAUAAUGAAUUUAAAAAACGAUUUCAACAAACACUUUCAAUAUCAAUUUAUGUUAGAUUUUUAAAUCAAAUACAAAAAUAUAUUAAUAUGUCAAGAGUUUAA